UGCGUGUGGCGAGCCCGCGGGGCGGGCGGCCGGGGCUCCCGAGGCCGCUCGCGCUGCUAAAGCCCACCCGGCCGCUCUGGCCCCGGCCCGCGGCGGGAGGUGGCUGCUGCAGCCAGCCCCGCUCCAGGGCCGCGGGGACGAGCGGGUGUCCCCGGGCUCUCCCGGGCGGUGCCCGGUGAGGCGCAGCCGCCGCGGGCUGUGGGGGGGGGAAGCCCGGCUCCAGCCACGCAGGGCCGGCCGGAGCCCGGCCCCUUUUCCCGGGGCCGGCUGCGGGCCUGGAGCCGCGGCCGGCAUGAAGCAGGUAGGGGCGGCGGGCGCUGCGGGCGAGGCGCGGCUGCCCCGGGCCGUGCACGCUGACGGGCUCCCGCCGCAGGCGCUGGUGGAUGACACCGAGGAUGUGUCCCUGGAUUUCGGGAGCGAGGAGGAGCUGGCGCUGCGGAAAGCGCGGAUCAGGCACCCACUGGCCACCUUUUUCCACCUGUUUUUCCGAGUGAGUGCUGUUGUUACCUACUUGUUCUGUGACUGGUUCAGCAACAGCUUUGUUGCCUGUUUUGUCACUAUUCUCCUCCUUCUAUCCUUUGACUUUUGGUCUGUCAAGAAUGUGACAGGAAGACUCUUGGUUGGUUUGCGUUGGUGGAACCAGAUUGAUGAAGAUGGAAAAAGUCACUGGGUGUUUGAAGCAAAAAAGGUGCCUACAAUAGCUGCUUCAACUGAAGCUGAAGCCCGAAUCUUCUGGCUUGGUCUCAUCAUCUGCCCAGUGAUUUGGACAAUAUUUUUCUUUAGCACCUUGUUCUCCUUGAAGCUGAAAUGGCUGGCUCUCGUGAUUGCUGGGAUCUCCCUCCAGACUGCUAAUUUAUAUGGCUACAUCCACUGCAAGUUAGGGGGACAAAAAACCAUCAGCAGAGUAACCUCAAGGUUGUUUGGCACCACCGAUGUUCCCAAGACAGGACAGAGCAGGAGAAUUUCAGAAGAUGGCACUGAAGAACAUGGGAAGACAGGAUUUAGGUAACCAAACAAGGAAGAGCUAAAGGAUGAGCAGUAAAAAAAGUAAUUAAUGAAAGCUGUUCUUCAUGGGAAGAUAUUUAGAUAAAGCUCUUCUAGAAUUAUGCCUGCAUGAAAUAAAGUCAUUUGUGUUUGAGUCUUUAGAUCCUGGAAGGUUUAAAGCCUUUGUUACUUAAAAGCUUCACCAAAAAGGGAGCACAGAUAGUGCUCAUGGUUUACAAGGGGCAUGCUGCUUUCAGCAAAGUUAUCAGCUAACCUCAAACUGCUGGAUUAUCUUAACCAGAAAUUAUAUGUAAUGAAAAUACAAUGCUAAUUGGUUUAACUUUGGAACUACAAUAAACAAAACCAAACUGCCUUUC